UCCGCCCGUCCCCGACGACACGCACACCGCAGCGACCGCCACACCGCCGCCGUCGUCGUCGUAGUCGUCGUCGUCGUCGUCUUUGUCGUCGUUGCGCUCCCGCGAAUAGUUUUCGUUUUUUUGUUUUUUUUAUCUUUCUCUCACCAGUGUCGACGCGUCACGCGAUCGUCGCCGUAUCGUUGCCAUCAGCCGUCUCGCGAGUCGACACGACCGCACGACAUGCACCUGUCGGAACCCAUGAGGAACCGCGACGGUUUCCUCAAGGCCGACGUGCUGGCCGAACGGACGCUGGACAGCCUGCUGGCCGAACACCCCGGCGAGCUGGUCCGCACCGGUUGCCCGCACGUCGUGUGCACCGUGCUGCCCACGCACUGGCGGUCCAACAAGACGCUUCCGGUGGCGUUCAAGGUGGUGGCGCUGGGCGAGGUGCCGGACGGCACGCCGGUCACCAUACGCGCGGGCAACGACGAGAACUUUUGCGCGGAGUUGCGCAACUGCACCGCCCUCAUGAAGAAUCAGGUGGCCAAGUUCAACGAUUUGCGGUUCGUCGGCCGGUCCGGGCGAGGAAAAAGUUUUACGCUGACUAUAAUGUUGAAUUCGUGUCCACCGCAAGUAGCAACUUAUUCCAAAGCCAUCAAAGUUACAGUGGACGGACCCAGAGAGCCGAGGUCAAAAACCAGCCUAUUAUUUAACUCGUUUGCAGGAAACCAAGGGUUCCAUCCUUUCCACUUCGGACCUAGACCUUUUCCGUUCGGUACACCACUCGAUCCCAAUAGAAUAGCAGAAUUACCGUUAAAAUUGUCAGGUCUUGCCCACUCAUGGGGCACAUCGUUUUCCAGAGCUUUGCCAUCAACCGCAUACCCCCCGUAUCUGGCUAAUAAUUGCGGUCCACCGACAUUUCAACACUCGAACUUCACCAACAUUUUUCCAUACAAUGGUACAAACAAUGAAGCGAUUCAACAGCAGACGAUUAACACGGGUACAGAUGGUAACAGCAGCAGCGCCAGAACCACGACGGAACCGUUGGGCCCGAUCAGCGUCAACGUAAGCGUGGAUAGCGCGACGACCAGAAGCCACAGGACCGGGAUCAGGGGCCACAGAGGUCUGUUGACCACUGUAUCCGGAAGCGGCGCGCACAAGCGGCAUCAUCACCACCAUCACCACCAUCACCACAAGCGACACCGGUCUGAGAAGAGUGCAUUAGCGGCGGUGACGGCAGACCGUUUGUCGCCGACGGCCGUUGCAGCGUCCGCGGCCGCAUCUGCGGUCAACAGCAACGACAACAACAACAACAACGGCGGCGACGUAGACGAACACGACAAGAAUAAGCGACGUGCGGCCGACGACGACCACCGCGUUCGGCGCGUGGCCAGGACGCCUCCGUCGCCACCGCCGCCACUGCCGCCACCGCCACAGCUGCGACCUCCUCCGCCUGCACAGCCAGUCGCUCAGCUGCCGCCGCACAUCGUGGCCGCGGCCGCAGCCGCCGCCGUGUCGCCGCGAUCGCAUCAUCCGGCCGCGCCCGCGCCGCCCGUCACCCAACCCGUACCGCUCGUGGCGCCGUCGCUGUUCAGCCUGUUCCUGAACGCGCCGCUGUUGCAACCGCACACGCAGUGGCUGUACUCUCAGCUGUACCCCAACCCGUACCUGAGCCACAUACGCAACACGAUGAUAUUCGACAACGAGUCGACGGCCGCGGCGGUGGCCGCGGCCGCGGCACAGAAGGCCGUCGGCGGCGGUGACGUCGGUGGCGCGGGCGGCGGUGACGUCGGUGGCGCGGGCGGCGACGACGGCGACGGGUCGGCCGCCGAGAACGAAUCGCCCAAAAAGUCGCCCGCCGACGAGGGUGACGGUGCUGCGGGCGGUGACGACGCAGACGACCACGACGGUGGAGACGCUUCGCCAUCGGCAAUCUCGCCCAAGACCACAGCCAAACAGACGGACGUCUGGCGGCCGUAUUGAUACCGCGUGCGCCGUGGCGUUAGCGAUAUCGAUGACGACGACGACGACGAUGAUGAUGAUGAUGAUGAUGAUGUUAUAUAAUAAAACGCCACGCGGUGACUCCGAAGCACAUAUAAUACGUACGAGGGACAUCCCCUCUCAAAUUUUAAUUGGUACAAUUGCACCGCACGAGCCCGACGUACACGUACUCUCGAAAAUAUUAUACGUAAUACUUACUCAUAUUUAUCAUUAAUGACAUGGUAUUGUCCGCAUACUGUUACUAAUCAUACAUCACCCAUCUACCCACGCUUCUUUACGGGAGUUCCGCGGCGGUCGCCCUCCUAGGGAUAUAGUUUUGGCGCUACUGGCGCAAAGUUCUACGUACAGGUCGCGAACACGGGUGUACAACAUUUUUCGAUUCGCGACGAGUCGCGGUUUUUUUUAAAUUUUCUUGGUUCCACGACAGCCAGGACACGUCGCAACAGUGUUUUAUAUUACUUCCGUUAUUUUUUUCGUUAGCUGCUUAUUGUGAUAUUAAACUCGCGCAAGUCGAACGUUGGACCUGCUUAAAAUAAAAAAAAAAAAAAAAAAAUUGUCGUCACGAUUUAACAUAACUACCAUAGCAGUAUCGCGUAUCGCCUCAUUCCCGUCACCACCGUCGCCACAGUCACCACCGCUGCUAUUAUACGCGUUGUAUAAGUACCUAUUCCUACCGUAGCCACGACGCGUCAAUUACUAUAGCUACUUCCACUCGAUAUACCGAUAAUAACAAAAAUAUUAUGUUGCCCCAAUAUCCAUUAUUAUGACUCAAAAUGUGUUAUGAAAUAAAACCUAUUGUACAAAAAUAAUAUGUUAUAAUAAUAUUGUAUGUUUGUAUACAAUAAAUAACCCACUCCUGUACCUGCACGUCCAUUAUUAACCGGUAGGAAGGUAUAUAUUAUAUAUGUUGUAAAUGUUCAUGUCCCACUUAUUACUACUGUUUUAUUAUUUUUUGUAAUUUUACAAGUGAUUCUAUAAGUGUACAAUAUUAUUAUUAUUAUUAUUAUUCGAAUAAAGAAAACAAUUAUUUGGAUGUUAAAAAUA